GUCUGAUCGCGCAGGUAACGCGUAGGAGUGCGAACCAAGUCCGAAAAGCUGAGUGAAUCCGGAGAAGAGGGUAUCCAAAGGACUCGACGAAAAAUAUGGAGUCCAUGAGGCGAUAUCUCGUUUUAAUUUCGGUGGGAAUAUUAUGGAGCUGCGUACUAGGUCUCCAACGACCACCACCGAGAUACUCUCAGCAAUACAUGCCGGAAACCUCGUUCUCCUGUCGCAAUAAGAUUGUUGGUAGCUAUUAUGCGGACCCUGAGACCGACUGCCAAGUCUUCCAUGUUUGUGUCUCUGUGGCUGGUACUAUUCAGGAUUACAAGUUCCUUUGUCCCAACGAUACUGCCUUCGAUCAAGAGAGUCAAACUUGUGCCGAUUGGUAUGACGUGGAUUGCGAAGCCGCGACUCUCUACUAUGCCAGCGAUAACUUUGACUUGUAUAGAAUUGGUUCCGGUCUGGAAUCCGUGCAUUACGACAGCUUACGCAGUGACGCCGAGCCUCAAGAUCAUCUUCAGCGCAGCGAAAGCAACGACGCGGUUCGAUCCUCCGCGAACGCUGUGAAUCGAGUAUCUUCGUCCAACUACAACAAUCGCGAGGUACUGCGAGGUAGCAGUAGCGGCAAUUUGUAUAACAGAAACAAUAAGGAAGACGAAUAUGAAGAUAAAUCGUAUAAGGAGGAACAAGACAACAAAAAGAAAGGCGGCAUUCGAAAGGUCAGUAGAAAGCAACCGUACACUGGUAAUGGUAGUAGCAACUAUUCACCAACGUCGACGUCGGCACCAGCCGUGCCUAGUCAGAACACCUACAACGGCAAUUAUUAUAACAGCAAUGCGUAUAAUCAACGAUCUACGACAUACGCUCCGUCAACGACCGUCCGAUCUCAAGAGAACUACAACAAGAAUCAGAACACGCAAAGAUAUAGCGUACCGUCGUCCACAUAUCGACCUAGCACGACAUACCAGGAUACAUAUAACAACUAUGAAUCACCCAGCACGACUGCCAGAACAACUUCGAACAACGCCUACAACACGAACUUCUACAACGUCUACAAUUCAAACUACAAUCAACAGAAUGCUGGUAAUUCCGGUCAACAGAAUACUGGCAGUUCCGUUCAAGCCACAACUUUGAAACCGAGCAACUACAAUCCGAAAACCAGCUACCAGACUUAUCAAUUCGCACAGUCCACCACUGUUCAACCGAGUACUAUAAAUUAUCAGACAAGCGAUUACACUAAUUAUCAACAAAGAAACUACAACAACAUUCAACGAGGAAGCAGCGCAUCAGUUGCGUACCAAUCCACCACACCCGCACCUACCGCUUAUAAUCAUAAUUACAACAAUAAUAAUAAUAAUGUUCAGUACAGACCAGCCACAUCCACUAGUCAGGACGUUCCUCAAACUACUGCCAAAUAUUACGCCAACAAUUUCGCAAGCAACAGUUAUGCACCCACAACUUAUAGCCCAGCAACGAAAAAAUACGUAAACGUGGACAAUACUGUCGCACAGACUGCUUUGAGGAACAAUGAAAACAGCCAAUAUUAUGAUAAAACGAGUCAAGCGAGUAAGCCUUCCACUCAAUAUUACGAUAGCACGAAAACGCCUAAGAAGGCAACUCAAUAUAAUAAUAAUUAUGAUAACGCGAGCAGCGGCAAGUCAUAUUAUAUCGAAACAAGCACGGGUAGCUUCAACCUUGCAAGAUCUUCCGUGGGAAUUGGUUUCAGUCCCGCAAGUAUCAAUCAUCUCGCCGAGUCGCCGAAAACCACGCCGGUACCAAGACGGCUUUCUAGCGCUACCACUUAUAACCCAAACAACUUCAAUUCUAACGCUCAGAGGACCGUUCAAUCGACAACGACGCCACGUGGAAUUACUUACGUUAGCGGAUCCGCGAGACCGUUCACGUCAACGACUAGAUUACCUAGCAGCAGUAGUAGCAACAGUGCCAGCAGUACGACAGCACGACCAAAAUCGGGCAAAAAGAACGAUUAUGAUUAUGCGUAUUAUGAUAGUACGGGUGGCCUGGAAUAUGACGGAGUCGACCUCGAGCAUGUCACGAGCAAUAAAGAAUCCACGAAAAUCGCGAGAAAUUAAAAUAAUCUCGACUCGUUAUAUAUUGCAUCAAAUCUCUUGAACCUCGAUGCCAGUGAUGUAAAAUUGAAGAGUGUAUACCCUGAUAGUAAAGCCUGCGAAAACAGAUUUUAAGCAUAGCCUGCUAUCAAUUUUUUAUUGCAGAAAGGCAAUAAAUUGUAUUCAGAAUUUGUAUUAUCUGACAUUGCCAGCAAAUUACAGUCAGAAAUAUGACAAAGCUUGCUAAACAUGCUUUGCCAGCAGAUUGGUAGUAGAAACUAAACAAAGUCCUGCACAUCCUGACGCAGAUUGAACAGAUUGAAAGCAAAACCUAAUCGAGCAAACUCUACUUGAUUUCUGCUACCAAUCUAUUGGUUUAGCUCUUUGUCGACAAAUCCACAGCCAAAUGCAGACACAUGGUGGACGGAUGGCUAUGGUUUUGUAGUUAAUAUCUGAUCAAGUUUGUUGUCAAUUUACUGUCUAUCGAGUUUGUUGCUUAAAUUGUUAACAUUUUGCUAUCAGAGUAAAUAUUUCCCUACCUCUGUAAUUUCAGAUACAGGUAUAUUUUUUAAAUACUGUAUACUUAUAUCUGAAUAUAUUUUUUGCAAUGAAACAAAUGUAUUCGUAGAAGGGGUUCAUUAUUUUUGUACUUACUCUAAAUUAAAAAAAAAUACAUUUGAUAAUAUUUCAAAUCAGCUCUUCAAUGACAAUACAAUAUUCAAUAGUACAAUAUAACCAAACAGAAUUAUACUAUUAAUAGCUGAAGCUAUUAAUUAGCUGAAAUUAAAUGUACUUUUAAAAGUAUCUAUAGUUAGAUACCGAAAAUAAAAGUACCUUUUACAUCACUGAUCGAUAGGAGGAAUUUCUUGUUUAUAUUAUUGUUUAUUAGUGGCCAGUCAUCAUCAAAAUCGGUUUUCGAUUAAACAUACUCGCGCAAAGAGAUACGAAGAGGAAAGCGAUAUAAGUAUUGAAUACCGAUUUUGAGAGAUAAAAAAAGAAAUCGAUCGAUAUUGUUCAUUUAAAUGCAUAUAUGUUUAAUCGAGAUUUGACGGCUUGUCGGCCGUUAUUAACAAUAUAAUUUGUAGUUCAGUAUUCUAGAUUAAUUGUUUAUAUAUAUUUUACGAUGCUUAAUCCGCGCAGCAUUGAGUGUCGAUAUAUCGAUAUUACAUUAAGAAAUUCUAGAGAAAAGCAAAGAUUAUUUCGAAUUGUUUUGCCGACAUUAAUCUUAUCCUUUUUAUUUUGUUGCGUAAAAAAACCGUUGAGAUAAUCGAUUAUUAAUAACGCUUAUUGUAUAUUGAUUUGAUUGUCGAAACGUUAAAUUUCUCACAUAUUUUGUGCAUGCAUAUCGAUAAAAGCCUGCAUAAAAUGUGUUCAGAAUAAAGAUUGUUUAAUUGCGCCUCCCCUGAAAUAUACGUACUGAGUGUGUAUAUACACUAUAACUAUUUUAAUUAAGAAAAGCAUUAAACAG